AUGCAAGUUGGAACAACCACUGUUGAGAGCAACCCUAAUGCUAGCUACCUGGACAGCAGGUAUUUCUGGAUAGCUUAUACUGGAGCAGUGUGUUUCCUUCACCUCAUGUGUUCAUGUGUCCCCUCUAUUACAGCUACAACUGGCUGGCUCUGCACUAUUAACGUGCACAAUAUCGGGAAUUUUAUCGUGUUUCACUAUCUGAGAGGAUCUCCGUUUGGUUGCAGCGAUCAAGGAGAGAACAGACAGCUAACACAUUGGGAACAGAUAAACCACGGCAAACAGUGGACAAACACAAGGAAAUUCCUUAUCAUCUUCCCCUGUAUAUUGUUUCUGAUGUGCCAGCACUACUGCGACUACUCUUCUGACGUACUCUUCCAAUCAAUACCUUCCUUCCUCUUACAGUUCAUACCUAAACAACCCUUCAUGCACGCCAAACGACUAUUUGGUAUUAACAAAUACUAAUUAAUUAAUCAAUUAGUUAAUUAAUAAAUUAGUUUUAAUUAGAUUCCAGCAAAGACAUUCCAGACAAUUCUAUUGUGACCCAUUAACCAAUGUUUUAUGGACACCUUCAUUUGAGUUUGAGGAUAUUGGUAAAUAUUAGUGGUCCUAUUAAAAGGGCACAGUGUAGUUGACUUUGUCACACUAUGAAAUUAUUUAAACCCUUGAUGGUUAGGAUAUUCGUCUCAUCACUAGGAUGGGUACAUUAUGACCCUUACCUCGUAAACCGCUCGAUCCCUGCCCUUUAACCAAUGUUGUAUCAGAUUUGUUAGAUUGACCUUAUCUACUAUAUUUUAGACUAAGGGAUGCUUAUUGGGCAGCUAUAGCUAACAAAGUCGCAAAAAAAGGAACUUUUUAAACAUUACAGUGCAUAAAAACAAUAAAUUUUAUUUCUGAGCAGUGCAUAUGGAAGUAUGGGUCACGUGGCUAAUGUUCAGAACUUCUUAACGUGCUAGGUUAAUGAUGCCAAAAUUAAGCCACUAUCGUCGAAAACGCUAUUAUUUUUGUUUACCACUAUCCUCAAAAUCAAAUGAACGUGUCCAUAUAAUAGGAUCUUUAUUGAGAAUUGUUAUUUAAAAGUAAGCAGUGGCAUAUGAGAGAGCAACUUUGUGUUUUAAUUUUGUGGAAUUUGAUUUAUUUAGUUGUGUUUGUGUAAGUAUUGGAGUUGUUGGGUGACUGCCUUGUAGUACACUUUUAUAUUAAUACCAUUCAAAUUGUUACACGAUUAAUAGCAUAUCACACUUUCCAAGGGUUUGCAUACAAGUUUUUAUUGCGUCAUGAAAUAAUAUUAUAUCUUUUUGUAUUAUUUGGCAUGUUAGUUUGUAAUCACAAAUUUUUCAGCGA